UACCUCACGCUUUUCUCACCCUUUCUCUUCUCCCUCUCUCUCCCUCAGUCCCUCUCAAACGCUCUCUCUCUCUCUCUCUCUCAGACGCUCCAACUCGGCAACUUCAACUCCAAGCCAAGGUCUGGAGAUCUGAUAUCAGGGCAGAAAAUAGGUGGUCAGGAACUGAUUGGGGGCCUGGAUUUUUACCGACGACACUGAGCGUUACUUUUUUUUGUUAAUCAGCUUUCCCUUGUGUGCCGGAGUGUGUAAGAGAGAGAGGCAGAGAAUAGGGAGAAAUCUUGAAAGAGAUGGAGGAGAUCCAACAUUUUAGCCACGAGGAGCAUCCCUUGAUCUUUGUGGAAGACUUUCAAAAUGAUGGCGAGAAUGAAAUUGUUUGCUUUGGGUGCAAUAAAUCGGUAUGCGGUCCUGCCUACCAAUGUUCUCACUGCAACUUCUUUCUUCACAAGUCAUGUGCGGAGUUACCCCAUGAGAUACAAUACCCUUUGCAUCUAAACCACACCCUUGUUCUCCAAACACCAUCAGGGAAGUACAUUUGUGAUGCCUGCUUUAAGAGUUGCGAAAGAUGCUUCUUCUACCAUUGCAAUAGUUGCGAUUUCGAAAUUGACAUCGAAUGUGCUUCCAUUGAAUAUGCUUCCAGUUGGCGAACUAAUACAGACAACGAUCACCAACACGAAUUCGUUCCCAUCUUUCAACUGAUCCACUUCACUUGUGAACUUUGUGGUGUGGAUGGCAACAGCGUUGCCCAGGUAUGUCGCAUUUGUCAAUUCUUGGUUCACGCUUAUUGUGCUUGGAUGCCACGUAGAAUCAAAAUUAUGGCAGAUCGUCACUUCCUCACUCUCAUCUAUUUACUUGGUCAAGUCAUCAAGGAGCACGACGAUCGUGUAUUCUGUAAUCUCUGCUAUAAAAAGCUAAACCUUAAGUAUGCGGGUUAUUAUUGUCAACAAUGUGGUUUCGUAGCCCACUUGAAUUGCGCACGCAAAAAUCGGAUUGAAGCAAAUGAUAUCAUAGACUCAAGCAUAGAGGGGGAGGGUAUCCUCUUUAAAGAGAGUGAAGAAAGUGAGGAGCUCAAACAUUGGGAUCAUGAGCAUAACCUGAUCCUCAGCCGCAAAGAAGUUGGGGUUCAUCAUAAUAAGUUCUGUGAAGGUUGUAUACAACUUAUAAUUUCCACUACAUUUUAUAGUUGUGAGCAAUGCAAUUACUUUCUCCAUAGCACAUGUGCUAGACUGCCCUUAAAGAAGCAGCUCCCAACUCAUCCAUGUCUGCUUACCCUCUACCAAUACGGAUCUCAAAUUGGUAACACUGCACAUUGUUUUGCUUGUCAUCGUCGUAGCCAUGGCUUCGCUUAUGCAUGUUCCGACUGUCAAUACAAUCUUGAUGUCCGAUGUUGUUCAAUUCCAAAAAUCAUCGAGCAUGAGGGUCACCAGCACCCCCUCUUCCUUGCUCCAACUUCAGUUCAAGAGUGCAAUUCUUGUGAGGAGCGUUGGAACGCCAAUGGUGUAUUUGUUUGCAAGGAAGGUGAUUUUGCCUUGGGUUUUCAAUGUGCGACACUCCCACUAAAAGUGGACUAUGAACAUGACCCACAUCCCCUCUCACUCUCUUACACCGCCGAAGACGAUUAUGGAGAAUAUUAUUGUCUAAUUUGCGAAGAAAAAAGAAAUCCAAACCAUUGGUUCUAUUAUUGUAUAAAAUGCAACUUUACUGCUCAUCCUCGAUGCGUAGUUGGAAGGUAUCCAUACAUUAAGUAUGGAAGAGAUUUUACUUGGGAAAAUCACCAACACCCUCUCAAGUUUGUCCGAAGAACAAAGAGCUCUCAUCCAUGUGAUUUAUGUGGUGAAAUUUUUGAUGAUGAUUUGGCUUUAAACUGUACACAAUGCAAAUUCAUCAUCCAUCCAUGGGCUAAAUGUACGGACAAAUUGCUUAUAAAAUAACUUCUUAGCACUGAUUAGAAAAAUAUCUUUUUGUAGUUGGUUGUGCUAGAGAGAGUUUCUCGUAAUUGUAUAAUUUAUUUAA